ACAUAAUCCUGCAUCUCCUUUCCUCAUAAGAGAAAAACGUAUUUAAAAAAAAUAUUUUUUCAGGACAUGCGGUAGUUUGAAACUGUCAUCGACCCUACACAGUUUCUUUCGUGUUAAUAUUGAAACAAGAAAAUAACUGAGAGUGAAAUGUGUUUUGUUAAAGAAGAGGGGAGACCUUGUCCUGUUUCCCGCCUGUAGACGCCCUGCCGCAUAUUGGUUUACUUCAUUUGUGCAGCAGAUGUUUGCUGGCUGCUUGACUCGUCAUAAGGACCGAUUAAAAUGGGGUAUUUGAAACAAAUUGAGGUAGAAAACUUCAAGUCAUGGCGAGGGAAGCAAGUUAUCGGUCCUUUCAUGCGAUUUAAUUGCAUAAUUGGCACAAAUGGCUCCGGCAAGUCCAACGUCAUGGAUGCCCUGAGCUUUGCCAUGGGGGAGCGCACUGCCUCGCUCCGGGUGAGGCACCUCAGUGACCUGGUGCACGGAGCCCACAUCGGCCGGCCGGUGUCCGACACUGCCCGCGUCAGCAUGCGCUACUGCGACGAUGACGAACAGGAGACCGUCUUCUGCCGGAGCGUCUCAGGUGACUCCUCUGUGUAUCGCAUCAAUGGUUCACAAGUCACUUCGGCCAAAUAUUUGGAGGCGCUGGAGAAGAUUGGCAUUGUGACCAAAGCCAGAAACUGUCUGGUUUUUCAGGGGGCAGUGGAGUCCAUAGCUUUGAAGGAUCCAAAGGAGAGGACCAAGAUGUUUGAGAUCAUCUGUCAAUCAAAAGAGUAUGCUGAAGAGUAUGAUAAGAAGAAAGAGGCCCUGCUGAAGGCCAAAGAGGACUCUCAGUUUCACUUCAACAAGAAGAAAUCUGCUACUGCUGAGAAGAAACAAGUGUCCCAGGAUAAAGUAGAGGCCCAGAAGUACCAGGCACUUGUGGAGGACCUUGACCAAAACCGCCUGCAGCUGAGCCUGGCUGAGCUCUACCAUAAUGAGAAGGGUGUGAACGCCCUCAGCAACAUCCUGAGGGAGAAACAGCAGGCUGUAGCUGCCAUGACCAAUACACUGGUGAAAGCGGAGCAGAUGGUUAAAACCCACAAAAAGGAACAUGGACGCCUCACCAGAGAGCAGCAGCAUGUAGAGAAGGAGAUCCGCACCCAAGAGCAAAUUCAUUCUCAGUGCCGGUCCCAGUACGUCAAGGCCAAGGUAAACACCUCCCAUCACAUGAAGAAGGCUGAGAAGCUCCGUGAUGCCCUGAGGAAGAGUCAGAGGCUGAUUGUGAAUAAAGAGCAGGAGCUGGCAGAGAAUCAGCAAGAAAUCACUGAGCUAGAGAGAGCAUGGAGGAACUAUGAGAAGCAGGUACAGGAGAAGGGAGCCUCCAGGGGUAGAGACAUCGAGCUUGAUGAAGAUCAGCUAGCACGAUAUAAAGAGCUGAAGGAGCUGGCUCAGAAGCAGGGUGCUGUUUUCAGCCAGCAGGCAGAGAAGCUGCACUGGGAGGUCAAAGCAGACUACGAGAAGAUGGCAUUUGACCAGCGCAGAAAGAAGGAAGUGGAGGCUGCCAUCAGGAACAGUCAGACUCAGCUGGAAGAUUUGACAAGCAGAGUAGAGAAGCUGGAGCAGUACACAGAGACCUGCAGCUCGAGCCUUGAAGAGUACCGUCAGCAGGAGGAGAGUCUGAGUGCAGAGUUAGAGCAGGGCCGUCAGCGCACUGAGGAGGUGAACCAGGAGCUGGGCCAGGUGCUGGAGGAGCUGGGGAAUGCCCGUCUAGACAGCCAGGAAAGCGGACGCCAGCUGCAGCGCAAAGAGCUGCUAGAGAAGCUCCGCAGACUCUACCCUGAAAGUGUGUAUGGUCGUCUGUCUGACUUAUGCUGCCCCAUCCAUAAGAAGUAUCAACUUGCUGUCACAAAAGUGUGCGGCCUCUACAUGAAUGCCAUUGUAGUGGCCUCAGAGAAAGUGGCCCGUGACUGUAUCACUUUUAUCAAGGAGGAGCGAGCUGAACGUGAGACCUUCCUGCCCAUCGACUACUUAGAUGUGAGACCUCUGAGUGAGCGACUGAGGGAGGUGCCUGGUACCAAAAUGGUGGUUGAUGUCGUACAGAUUAAUGCUUCCACAGGUGCCAACCAGCUGAAGAAAGUUGUGCAGUUUGUCUGUGGCAAUGCCUUAGUGUGUGAAACCAUGAAAGAAGCAAGGAGCGUGGCCUUUGAUAGGCAGGAGCGCCAUAAGACAGUGUCUCUGGAUGGGACAAUGUUUUCAAAAUCCGGUCAGAUCUCUGGAGGCUCCAGUGACCUGCGGACCAAAGCUCAAUGCUGGGACCAGAAGACCAUGAUGAAGCUGAAGGAACGCAAGGACCAGCUGACAGCAGAGCUGCGAGAUUUGAUGAGGUUGAAGCGGAAAGAAUCUGACCUGAAACAGAUCAUUGCUCAGGCUCACGGUGCAAAGACCCGCCUCAAAUACUCCAAAGCUGAGCUGGAAAACCUUCGGAAGAAAAACAUCCUUAAGUGCCAAGCGGAGAUUUCUCGUAUGGAGAGUGAAUCUGCAAACCUGGAGUCUGAGAUCCAGAUGCAGCAGGAGGGUGUGGAGGCAAAGGAUGCAGAGAUGAGAAAGAUAAGAGAACAGAUACACCAGAUCGAGGACUUGGUGUUUUCUGACUUCUGUGCUGAGAUUGGUGUGGACAGCAUUAGAGAGUAUGAGCAGGAGCAUCUGAAACAGCAAACAGAGCUUGACAAGAAGCGGCUGGAGUUUGAGAGUCAGCGCACUCAACUGUAUGCACAGCUGGAGUACGAACAAAACCAACUGGAGGAGCAGAAGAAGAAGCUCCAUAAAAUGGAGGAAACAAUUGACAAGGAGGAGAGGACCGUGGCUGAGUACAGGAGGGAUGAGGAGAAGCUGCUGGUGGCUGUGGAGGAGAGUCAGAACAAACUGUUGGAGCUGCAGAACCAGCUGCUGUCUAAGAAGAGCCAGGUGGUCACUGCCAAAGCUGAGUUGGACCAGAAAACCCAGACCGUCCAAGAGAUAAACAAACAGUUGGUCAAGCUUCAGCGGGAGGUGAUGAGUGCAGAGACGGCCUUGGAGCAGAAACGUUUGGCCAGGCACAACUUACUGCUGGCCUGUAAGAUCCAGAGUCUGCCUAUCAUUCUGCUGUCAGGCAGCUUGGAUGAAAUCAGUGAGGUGCAGUUGGACACAGAAUCUGAAAGCACUUCAGCCACCAUUGACAUCUAUGAGAGAGAGGCACAAUUAGUCAUCGACUACUCCAGCCUGGAGGCAGAGCUCGGGAGUCUGCAGGCAGAAGAGGAGGUGGAGGCCUACUUGGAAAAGCUGAAGGAGUCACUGUCCACCGUAGAGGGAGUGCUGCAUCGCACCACUGCCCCCAACCUCAAAGCUCUGGAGAAGAUGAGGGAGGUGAAAGACAAGUUACACGGAGUGACACAAGCAUUUGAUGCCAGCACUAGAGCUGCCAGAAAAUGCAGUCAGGAGUUCGAGCAAGUCAAAUCCAAACGCCUCCAUCUCUUCACCCAGUGCUUCGAACAUGUGUCAGUUAUAAUUGAUCAGAUCUAUAAAAGAAUAUGCAGGAACAGCAGUGCGCAGGCCAUUCUGAGUGCAGAGAAUCCAGAUGAGCCAUACCUCGGUGGCAUUAACUACAACUGCGUGGCGCCAGGAAAACGCUUCAUGUCCAUGGACAACCUUUCGGGUGGAGAAAAGGCCAUUGCAGCCCUGGCUCUGCUGUUUGCCAUCCACAGCUUUCGCCCUGCUCCCUUCUUCAUCUUGGACGAGGUGGAUGCAGCCCUGGACAACACUAACAUUGGCAAGUGUGUGUGUUUCAUUUGUAUCCAGGUGACCAGUUUCCUCAGGGAGGAGUCCAGGGGGAACAUGCAGAUCAUUGUCAUCUCCCUGAAGGAGGAGUUUUUCUCCAAGUCUGACGCUUUGCUGGGAGUCUACUCAGAUUUUGAUGAAUGCAUGUUCAGUCGCAUUCUGACUCUGGACCUGCAGCCCUACCCUCUGGUUGAAGAGGACAAAGAGAAGGAUAAGACAGGACAUGUGUAGCCUGGAAUCACCUGCCUGAAACCCUUACAUGUGUGUUCAUUGGCCAUGUCUUCGGUUCUCAGUGUGUUCAUCUGUGUGCAUGCAAAGUAGUUAACCUCAAACACCAAAUUAUGGUUUCUAUGUUUCAUUUUUGGCUGUUUUGCUGAAAAAAAUUAGUGAUUCUUGGGGGAAAGCUUUUAGCAUUUGACUGCAUUUAUGUCUACCACACAAAGACGUUCUUAAAUGCAGCUGUACUACUGUACUAAUGUUGUGGUUGUUGUUUAUCUCCAUAGGAUGUUCCAUGUUCUUAGAGGUGAUGAAUGUUACUGUGUUUGUAUUUGAUAAUUAUAUUGUUUUGUACUCAAGUUAUGCUUUUCAGUGUGACUUGUGUCGUAAACAUUAAAGUUUAAGUUUAAAAUA